CAGUCCGACGGCUGGGACCCUGCACUUGACUGAGUAGGAGUAAGUUGAGCAUCUGGGAGCUGAGUACCCCCCAGCUCACUCCUCAGUGUGUGGAGCUCGUUUAUCGAGCCUGGGGCUCCCAGAACAAGAGAGGACCCAAGGUCCCCGCAAGACUGGAAGAGCUGGUCCCGGGGGCCUGAGCUGCCCACGGCUGCACGCGGCGGAGCAUGGCCGCACUCCUCCCGCUGCUGCUGGGCCUCGCCCUCGGCUGCACGGGAGCCGGUGGCUUUGUGGCUCAUGUGGAAAGUAUCUGCCUGUUGGAUGAUGAUGGGGUUCCAAAGGACUUCACAUAUUGCAUCUCCUUCAACAAGGACCUGUUGGCCUGCUGGGAUCCGGACGAGGGGAAAAUGGCCCCUUGCGAAUUUGGGACAUUGGCUGGGCUGGCCAACAGCAUCGUGGAUUACCUCAACCAGGAUGAACACCUGCUCCAGCGCUUGCGUAAUGGGCUCCAGGACUGUGCCACACGCACCCAGCCCUUCUGGGGGACACUGACCCACAGAACACGACCACCGUCUGUGCAAGUGGCCCAAACCACCCCUUUCAACACCAGGGAGCCCGUGAUGCUGGCCUGCUAUGUGUGGGGUUUCUAUCCGGCUGAUGUGACCAUCACGUGGAUGAAGAACGGGCAGCUUGUCACCCCUCACAGCAGCAUCCAGAAGACGGCCCAGCCCAACGGAGACUGGACAUACCAGACCGUCUCCCACUUAGCCUUAACCCCCUCCUAUGGGGACACCUACACCUGUGUGGUCCAGCACGCCGGGGCCUCUGAGCCCAUCCACCAGGACUGGACACCAGGACUGUCCCCCAUGCAGACUGUGAAGGUCUCCGUGUCCGCAACGACCCUGGGCCUGGGCUUCACACUCUUCUGCGUUGGUCUGAUCAGCUGGCGGAAGGCCCGCUCCUCCAGCUACAUCCCUCUUCCUGGAUCCAGUUACCCAGAAGGACAACACAUUUCCUAGGUGCAGAAAGGCGCGACUUCCACCGAGGAGAUCCAGGCUCUUAAGAAUUUGCUGACGCGUUCCCCCGCACCUUUCCUCCUCCCCCCAUUAUCCUGGGCCCUGAGGUUUCUUUACCCAGUCCUCUGAGUUUCCCAGCACCAUACCCUCCCGUGUAAAUAUGACCAUCUUGAGGCAAUUCAUCCUGGGAAAUAUUUCUGGAGUGAACAUAAUUUAAGGAGGAGACUAAAGGGUGGCUUGGGGGCCACACGGUGCCACAGAGCUCACUGAGUUGCUGAGAAAUAAACGGGUGGAACUUC